AAACCACCCCUGUUCCCAAGUUCGGCGUUCGGCAAAUCCUAGCACCGCUGUUGCGCUAAGACACCGUGGGCACAAAGGCUUGUGGGGCUGGGCUCGUGUUUCACAGGUGUUCCCGCCCCAGAGCCAGAGAGAAAUCUCCGUCCCCGGUUUAAGAUCUGUGAAAGAGAAAGGAAUGGCUUAUGUAAUGCUUGGCCAUCUGUUAGAUUGGCCUUGGCACUAUGAAACGACCGCGACAAUCCCGACCAUCGUCCACUCAUUUGCCACAACACCACGACCUACCCACCAACAUCAUCAACACCACCAAGAUGAAGCUCUCCUCCCUCCUCCUCCCCGCCUUCCUCCUGGCCGGCCCCUCCCUCGCCGAGCACACCUCCAACUGGGCCGUCCUAGUCUGCACCUCCCGCUUCUGGUUCAACUACCGCCACCUCGCCAACGUCCUCUCCAUCUACCGCACCGUCAAACGCCUCGGCAUCCCCGACUCCCAAAUCAUCCUGAUGCUCCCCGACGACAUGGCCUGCAACCCGCGCAACGCUUUCCCAGGCACAGUCUACUCCAACGCCGACCGCGCCGUCGACCUCUACGGCGACAACAUCGAGGUCGACUACCGCGGCUACGAGGUCACAGUCGAGAACUUCAUCCGCCUUCUCACCGACCGCGUAGGCGAGGAGAUGCCCCGGUCCAAACGUCUCCUCACCGACGACCGCUCCAACAUUCUAGUCUACAUGACCGGCCACGGCGGCAACGAGUUCCUCAAGUUCCAAGACGCGGAGGAGAUUGGCGCCUGGGAUCUGGCCGAUGCGUUUGAGCAGAUGUGGGAGAAGAGACGGUACCACGAGAUCCUGUUCAUGAUCGACACCUGCCAGGCAAACACCAUGUACAGCAAGCUCUACUCGCCCAACAUCAUCGCCACGGGCAGCUCCGAGCUCGACCAGUCGAGUUACUCCCACCAUGCCGACAACGACAUCGGGGUCGCCGUCAUUGACCGGUAUACAUACUACAACCUUGAGUUCCUCGAGUCCGAGGUCAAGGACACGUCGAGCAAGAAGACGGUCGGCGACCUCUUUGACAGUUACACCUACGAGAAGAUUCAUAGUCAUGCUGGAGUGAGAUACGACCUCUUCAAGGGCGGGGCCGAAGAGGCAAGGAGACGGCUAGUGACGGAUUUCUUUGGAAAUGUCCAGAAUGUUGAGGUGGACAGCGGAAAGGGGGAGACAAACGCCUCGUUUGAGGAGGAGAUGGUCAGGCUGAGCAGGACGAUCGCGGAACUACACACACGAGCGGAGGAGCAGGAGGCUGCCGAGAGGAAUGCUACUGCCUCUGCGGCCAAGACGGGGAAGAAGCAGCAACAGCCAAGAAAGAUUCAGCGGGUUGCAAAGCCCCUGACGGAUGAUAACUGGUGGACCAAGAAGAUUGUUGGCGCGACGGCGCUGGCUGGGUGUGCGGCACUUUGGGGGUUGGGGUCGUAUCUUGAGGGUGUGGUAUGA